CUCAGUUGUUUCAUGUGGGGUGGCCUCUCAAAACGUCAUAUCCUGUUUGUGAGCGUUUGGACGGGGCCUGCUGAUUAUAAUUGAAGCACCAGCAAUAACAGGGGACUGAAGGUAAAAGCUAAGAUUGUUAUAACGUAAAAGGGAGAACAAUAAUGCCAUAAAUACAUAUGAACUGUAAUUCCAAAUCAUAACGAUUUGUAAUUCUUUAAAAGUUGACUAGUAAAAACUAACGUACAAUUCGCGAGUUUACACGACCACCGUUUUACUAACAUUAUCUUGCUAGCUAACGUUAUGCUAAGUUAGCUAACUAACCUGCAAUAACACGCCGCCGUUGUGGGAAGAAAAACAAGCUCAGCUGGCAUUCGUUGGUUAUUUUUUGGAGGAUGUGAGACAGAGCUCAAUACACCACCUUGGAGAAUCUGCAGAGGAUUUGCUACUUCGUGAGAGCGUUAUCCAGUUUGCUAUUAUUUCGGGGAGAGGGUCUCUUUGGCUAAAGUAUCUACAGAAGUCAAGGUAUUGAGUGACGUUUUUGUCAGACACACAUCUGACACCCUUCGCCAACAGUCACAGCUCCACCCCCACCGCCCCCCUAUUCCCCCUGUGACCCCACCCUGACACCCAGCAACCCUCCGUCCUCUGCCCCAGCAUGAACGACAUCAGUGUGGUCAGAGAGGGCUGGCUCCAUAAGAGGGGAGAGUACAUUAAGACGUGGAGGCCGCGGUACUUCAUCCUGAAGAGCGAUGGCUCCUUCAUCGGCUACAAGGAGAAACCAGAGAUGUCGUCCGACCACAGCCUCCCACCCCUCAACAACUUCUCUGUGGCAGAGUGCCAGCUGAUGAAGACAGAACGGCCCAGGCCCAACACGUUUGUCAUCCGCUGCCUACAGUGGACCACAGUCAUAGAGCGCACCUUCCACGUGGAGAGUAACGAAGAAAGGGAGGAAUGGAUGAGGGCGAUCCAAGCGGUGGCCAACGGCCUGAAGAUGCGAGAGGAAGAGGCGCCCAUGGACGUCACGUUUGGCUCCCCCAGCGACUGCAGCAGCAUGGAGGAGAUGGAGGUGGCCAUGUCCAAGUCCCGCAACAAAGUGACCAUGAGUGACUUUGACUACCUGAAGCUGCUAGGGAAGGGAACGUUUGGUAAGGUGAUCCUGGUGAAGGAGAAGGCCACAGGAAUGUACUACGCCAUGAAGAUCCUGAGGAAAGAAGUCAUCAUCGCUAAGGAUGAGGUAGCACACACGGUAACAGAAAGCAGAGUCCUUCAGAAUACAAGGCAUCCCUUCUUAACGACACUGAAAUAUGCGUUCCAAACACAUGACCGGCUAUGCUUUGUGAUGGAAUAUGCAAACGGAGGAGAGCUGUUCUUUCACUUGUCGCGAGACCGUGUGUUCACAGAAGACCGGGCACGGUUCUACGGUGCGGAGAUUGUGUCUGCGCUGGAGUAUCUCCACUCACAGGACGUUGUCUAUAGAGACCUUAAGCUGGAGAACUUAAUGCUGGAUAAAGAUGGACACAUAAAGAUCACAGAUUUUGGACUGUGUAAAGAGGGAAUCACAGAUGGGGCUACCAUGAAGACCUUUUGUGGGACUCCAGAAUACCUUGCACCUGAGGUAUUAGAGGACAAUGACUACGGCCGAGCGGUGGACUGGUGGGGUCUGGGUGUGGUCAUGUAUGAGAUGAUGUGCGGUCGACUGCCCUUUUACAACCAGGACCACGAGCGGUUGUUUGAGCUCAUUCUCAUGGAGGAGAUCCGCUUCCCCAAGAACCUGGCCCCCGAAGCCAAGGCCCUGCUUGCUGGCCUGCUCAAAAAGGACCCCAAGCAGAGGCUUGGAGGUGGACAAGAAGAUGCCAAAGACGUGAUGACUCAUAUGUUCUUCACCACCAUCAACUGGCAGGAUGUGGUAGAGCGGAAGCUCUUGCCUCCCUUCAAGCCCCAGGUGACAUCGGAGACGGACACGCGCUACUUUGACGAUGAGUUCACGGCACAGACCAUCACCGUAACGCCCCCGGACAAGUACCACAGCUUAGACGCAGAAGACCAGGACCAGCGCACACACUUCCCUCAGUUCUCUUACUCCGCCAGCAUACGGGACUGACCUCUCUCGCACACACUUCCCUCAGUUCUCUUACUCCGCCAGCAUACGGGACUGACCUCUCUCGCACACACUUUCCUCAGUUCUCUUACUCCGCCAGCAUACGGGACUGACCUCUCGCACACACUUCCCUCAGUUCUCUUACUCCGCCAGCAUACGGGACUGACCUCUCUCGCACACACUUCCCUCAGUUCUCUUACUCCGCCACCAGCAUAUGGGACUGACCUCACACACUCACAUGAGCAGGCAAGCUACCACAUGUUCAUACACUAGCACUGCUGGGGAAAUGGGUGCGCGCGUGCACACAAACUGACACACUCAAACAAACACUUGCACAAGACACACACACACACCAGGAAGUGGUGAAAACAUGGAUCCUAGAGCAUGACGUGAUGACUGACCUCAGCAGGCCUGUGUGGAUAGACUGGCGGCCCUGUCUCUCAUUCUGACGGGACCAGUUGGAACAGGACAGGGCUGCCCUUGGCCAUGCCUGCAGGACCCCACCUGUCUGCCCUCCACACUACUACUACACUGGGCACAUCAAAACAUGGACAACACUUUACCAUCCCUGGGUUAUGCCAGCAAAUACCACUCCACCACCAGCCAAACGCAUGCGGCACCUAUCCAACACACACAAACACUCUGACAAGCAACACAUCAAUCCUUCCAUACACCGCAGAUUAUUUUUUUGUUACUGGAUAAAAAAAUAAUAAUAAUAAUCCAAACAAAUGUAGAAACACAUGAAAGAAGAAGAAAAAUAUUUUUUGGGGGGAGGGUGAAAAAUAUUUUAACUCGUUUUUAUUUUGAUUGUUACGGUUUUAAAAGCCAUAUUUCUGCAAUUUACAAGUGCUCUUGCUGAAACUUGCUGUUACAAGUCGUGUGGACUGUUCCUACAGAGGGAAAGUGGGUCGGGAGUGGGAGAGGGGUAAGAAGAAGUGUGUACCUUGAAGAGUAGCCAUUUCCCUGCUUGCACUGUGUAUAGGAAUGGGUUUGAGUGUGUUGAAGAGAAUGUAUAAACAACCAUUUGAAUUUCAACAUCAGUUUUAUGUUUAUGCAUCUGCAUGGAUAUCUUUGGAUUCUGCAUGUCGGCUAAACGGGGAGAAGAAAGGACACUACAGCACAGUCGAUGAGACUUUUAAAGGGAAAAGAGAGGUGGUGGAGUUGUAGCUUCAGCAGCCCUGUGGAUUGACUUGUUCCCCUGGUGGUUAGAACGGUCAUGAGAAAAGAAAGAAUAGAAGAGUGACCACAGCGCCAGCCUGACCAAUCCCCUGUCCGGAGCCCAGUCCAGAUCCCCACACAGCCAUUCACAUUUUUCCAGUAGCUGUCACUCCCUCUGAGCAGAAAUAUCCUGGAGAAUAGCUGUCACUCCCUCUGAGCAGAAAUAUCCUGGAGAAUAGCUGUCACUCCCUCUGAGCAGAAAUAUCCUGGAGAAUAGCUGUCACUCCCUCUGAGCAGAAAUAUCCUGGAGAAUAGCUGUCACUCCCUCUGAGCAGAAAUAUCCUGGAGAAUAGCUGUCACUCCCUCUGAGCAGAAAUAUCCUGGAGAAUAGCUGUCACUCCCUCUGAGCAGAAAUAUCCUGGAGAAUAGCUGUCACUCCCUCUGAGCAGAAAUAUCCUGGAGAAUAGCUGUCACUCCCUCUGAGCAGAAAUAUCCUGGAGAAUAGCUGUCACUCCCUCUGAGCAGAAAUAUCCUGGAGAAUAGCUGUCACUCCCUCUGAGCAGAAAUAUCCUGGAGAAUAGCUGUCACUCCCUCUGAGCAGAAAUAUCCUGGAGAAUAGCUGUCACUCCCUCUGAGCAGAAAUAUCCUGGAGAAUAGCUGUCACUCCCUCUGAGCAGAAAUAUCCUGGAGAAUAGCUGUCACUCCCUCUGAGCAGAAAUAUCCUGGAGAAUAGCUGUCACUCCCUCUGAGCAGAAAUAUCCUGGAGAAUAGCUGUCACUCCCUCUGAGCAGAAAUAUCCUGGAGAAUAGCUGUCACUCCCUCUGAGCAGAAAUAUCCUGGAGAAUAGCUGUCAAUCAUUUUUUCAAAUCAUCUGUUCACUUUUUAUUUUGAUGUAAAGAUCUGUUGUUUUUAAAAAUAAUUGGAACGUUAUAAUCAUGGAUCAAUUAUUAUUUGUGAUGAGGCCAAGCUAGACUCAUCACGAGGUUGAUAUUGAAGGUUGUGGUUUGUAUUUUUAAAGUAAUAUAAGACACAGACUAAGUCAUUUGUCAGUAUGCCGGAGUAGGAUCAUGUAAACAAGGGUUGGGGUCAAUUUAGGAAGUCAACGGCGUUAGUCAUGGAUUGAAAUGGAAUUGACUCCAAUUCUGGUGUGAUGCUGUAUAUAAUGACGAGAUGGUCUUGUCUCUGCUCAAACAAAGGGAGUCGUCCCAAAGGCGGGAGGGUAGUCAAUCUGCUUAUCGCUGUAUUCUCUCGUAGACAGAUUUUGACGGGAGCGGAACCCUCACAUGAUGCACCAGUCUUGAAUGCGUGCCUACUCCCCGUAAGGCAUAUAGAGAAGUGGUCACAGGUGAAACAACCAUUGUGGGCUACAGCUAAGUGCUGUGACAUUUCAUUUUUGCCUUAAAAAAAAAGAUUCCUUCACUCACGGAACAUUUAAUUUAUCUUUGUUCUUGAUAUAAGUUGUUCCCUUUUGGUCCACCUAUUCCAAAACUUUGGAAGACAUUGUCUCAAUUAUAUAUUAUUUUAAAUGUGUGUGUGUGUGUGUAUAAAACAAGUUUAAACAUGUUGAUAUUUCUUUAGGUUGUUCAUUUCGAUCAUUCAUGUGUUCCUUUGUGUGUGUGUACUCAUGCACAGCAGCAGGUUGAUGUGGGGCAUUGUAGAACAGCUCUCGAGUCUGCUCUGUACCUGUAUCCUCCGUACCUCAGUGGGUUAGUAUAGUCUGACUGCUGUACUCCAAGGCUGAGGCUAUGGGAAACAUCCCUCCACCAUCCCUUUUUGACUAAGGCCCAUAUUCAGCCCUGGUAAAUGCAGCUUCAGAAACGGCAGGACCGGAUUUCAGGAACAACCUCCCUCUGAUGGACCUCUCAUGUCGUCUUCAAUGUUAGGAUGGCCACGAGGGGGUGUUGUGGACCUUUUGUAAUGUUGACACUGGCAGUAAAGCCACACGUCUCUGAACCUUGUUGCUCUCUGUCUCAAUAAAUUGAACAUGCUUUGUCUAGUAGUGUGUACACCUAACAUGCAAGCCAACAUCCCUGACCUCUCUUGUAGGCUUUACACACAGACAAUCGAUAUGGAACUCUUCACUGGCAAUGUAAAUACCAAAAAGGUUUGAUGAAUGCAUCAUUUAUAGGCUAGAAGAGGGGGAAUCCACAGCUUUGUAGAUAGAAUGUGAGUUGUAGCUUUACAAUGAUUACCUUGCUUCUCUGUAUUUUGAAUGUGAUCAAUAGUCACGAAUGUCAUAUCGCAAUGCUGGUGUACCAAGAAUUCUUAGCUUGUUUUUGAGUUGAGGUUUACCUGGGGAGGAGCUAUGUUUUUAGGGAGAAGACUAUGUCCUGGUAGACAGCUUCAGCUCCCUUGUUACAAGAUUUUACAUUGUGACAAUUAUGUGCCAGUAAAGACUUUUACUGAA